UCUUUUGUUAAAAUAAUAUCUAGUGACCCUGCCUUGAUGGUUUAAGGUCUUCCAGUUGUGUUCCUACAUUGGCACACUGUGGCAUAGUCUAUAGAUGACCAUUUCAAUACACAUUACAAGGACAUGGUCCACUAUUGUUGCCUUUUCUUUAUUAGAACAUUACAGGGGCAGACUGACCAUUUGGAAACUUGUGCACUGCCCGAGGGCCCGGGGUCAGUAGGGGGCCCCAUGAGAUGCCCCUGGUACCUUUUCAUAGGCUUUUUUGAGUUUGGGCAAGGACACAGGGGCCCCAUGAUCCCCUAUUGCCUGGGGGCCCCAUGA